AGUUGAAACUAUAAUCAUAACAUAACCCUACAUUGCUCAAGAAUCAUAUUUUCCUCACUCUCUAAGGAAUAUGAAUUAAAUUAAAUAAUCUAAAGUAUAAUUGAUAGAAUUGUUGUUAUACAAUGUUUCCCACAAGUACCCAGUGUAAAUAUUGGAUGUUUUCCAGUGAAGAGGAAUUAAAUCAAUUAAGAGAAAAAACCAACACUAAGCACAUUCAAGCUUAUGGAAAAAAUGUACCUGAAGCCAAUCGUUAUGAUUACUUUUUAACUCCAGUAGAAGAAAGCUUGAUGGCGAAGAGGUAUGAACUGUUCUUAAGAGACUUCUGUAAAGGAUUUUCACCUCCAAUGCCACGAAAUGUAACAGGAACUGCAUUUCACUACUUCAAACGAUUCUAUGUAAAUAAUUCAGUGAUGAAUUAUCACCCAAAAGAAAUCAUGGUAACAUGUGUAUAUCUAGCAUGCAAAGUUGAGGAAUUCAAUGUGUCCAUUGGACAGUUUGUGUCAAAUAUUAAAGGAGAUAGGGAAAAAGCUUCAGACAUUAUUUUAAACAAUGAACUAUUACUUAUGGAACAGUUGAACUAUCAUUUAGCUAUACACAAUCCAUUUCGGCCUGUGGAGGGAUUAAUAAUUGAUAUCAAGACUAGGUGUCAGUCACUUAAUGAUCCAGAGAGAUUAAGACCUGGGAUUGACCAGCUUUUGGAUAAGGUUUUCCUCACUGACGCAAUUCUGCUAUAUUCACCAAGCCAAAUGGCAUUGGCCGCUAUUCUUCAUGCUGCUUCCAAACUGCAGGAGAAUCUAGAUUCGUACGUUACUGAUACUCUCUUUGGAGUUGAUGGUCGUGGGAAACUGGAGGAACUCAUUGAGGCAGUAAGAGGGAUACGUUCGAUGGUAAAGAUGGCGGACGUGAAUCCUGAUAAGAACCAGAUGAAGUUAAUCGAAAAGAAGCUGGAGAAAUGCAGAAAUCCAGACAAUAACCCUGAUAGUGAAAUUUACAAGAAGAGAAUGCAAGCUUUACUCGACGACGAAGACGAAGUUUACAAUCAAAUAAUGAACUCCAACACGGAAUUGGAUAAUUCUACUUUGAAUAUGCAAGCCCUUUAAUGUUUAUUUUUUUAGAUUGAUGUUUCU